AUGUCUCCGGGCCCCGCGUGGGGGCCCCGGGCCUCGCGGAUGUCUCCGGGGCCCAGCGUGGGGACCCAGGGCCUCGCGGAUGUCUCCGGGCCCAGUGUGGGGACCCAGGGCCUCGCGGAUGUCUCCGGGCCCAGCGUGGGGAGCCAGGGCCUCGCGGAUGUCUCCAGGCCCAGCGUGGGGACCCGGGGCCUCGCGGAUGUCUCCGGGCCCAGCGUGGGGACCCGGGGCCUCGCGGAUGUCUCCGGGGCCCAGCGUCAGUUUGCUGUGGUGAGAGGAAGAGAGGCAGAAGUGGCUGGUUCUCAGAUCUUACAGCCCUCCCAACCCCCCAUGGACACCAUGUUGGGAACCAGACUCCGAGCUCAGCAGAGCAGUAGCCAGAAUGGCCAGGAGACUAGCCCGUGGACCUCAGGCUUGGGGAUGAAGCUGGAGGCUGUCACCCCAUUCCUCGGGAAAUAUCGCCCCUUUGUGGGUCGCUGCUGCCAGACCUGCACCCCCAAGAGCUGGGAGUCCCUCUUCCACAGAAGCAUAAUGGAUCUGGGCUUCUGCAAUGUGAUCCUGGUAAAGGAGGAGAACACCAGGUUUCGGGGCUGGCUGGUUCGGAGGCUCUGCUAUUUCUUGUGGUCCCUGGAGCAGCACAUACCCCCCUGCUGGGAUGCCUCACAGAAAGUCAUGGAAAGCACUGGGGUACAGGAUGUCAUCUCAGGGAGGGCUCCAGGGGGAGCUGGGGAAGGCCAGGUGCCCAGCUCAGUGAAGAAGGAGGUACAGCGCAUCCUGGGUCACAUCCAGGCCCCGCCCCGCCCCUUCCUGCUCAGGCUGUUCAGCUGGGUGGUUCUGCGGUUCCUGAACUGCCUCUUCCUGAACGUGCAGCUCCACAAGGGCCACAUGAAGAUGGUCCACAAGGCCGCCCAGACGGGCUCGCCGCUCGUCCUCCUUUCUACCCACAAGUCACUCCUGGAUGGGCUCCUGCUGCCCUUUGUCCUGCUUUCCCAGGGCUUGGGCGUGGUCCGUGUGGCUUGGGACCCAUGUGCCUGCUCCCCCAUCCUCAGAGCUCUGCUGAGGAAGCUUGGGGCGCUUUUCCUGCCCCCAGAGGCCAACCUCUCCCUGGACAGCUCCGAAGGGAUUCUUGCAAGGGCUGUGGUCCAAGCGGUUGUGGAGCAGCUGCUGGUCAGUGGGCAGCCCCUGCUCAUCUUCCUGGAAGAGCUCCCUGGGACCCAGGGGCCUUGGCUGUCAGCCCUGGGCCAGGCCUGGCUGGGACUUGUGGUGCAGGCGGUCCAGAUGGGUGUUGUCCAAGAUGCUAUGCUGGUGCCGGUGGCCAUCACCUAUGACCUGGUUCCAGAUGCAUGUGAUACACACCAUGCCACAGCCCCACGGGGGCUGUGGACAGGAUCUCUGGCUGUCCUACGAAGCCUGCGAGGCUGGUGCUGUGGCCCCCGGGUCUGUGCCCGUGUGCACCUGGCCCAGCCUUUCUCCCUGCAGGAAUACACCAUCAAUUCAAGAAGCUGCUGGGGCAGCAGGCAGACCAUGGAGCAGCUGCUGCAGCCCAUUGUGCUGGGCCAAAGUACUGUCGUCCCAGACACUGAGAAGGAGCAGGAGUGGACCCCAAUAACUGGGCCCCUUCUGGCCCUCAAGGAAGAAGACCAGCUCCUGGUCAGGAGGCUGAGCCGUCACAUCCUGAAUGCCAGUGUGGCAAGCUCUGCGGUGAUGAGCACAGCCAUUAUGGCGACGCUGCUGCUGUUUAAGCACCAGAAGGGUGUGUACCUGUCGCAGCUCCUGGGGGAGUUCUCCUGGCUGACAGAAGAAACGCUGCUGCGUGGCUUUGACGUGGGCUUCUCAGGUCAGCUGCGGUGCCUGGUGCGGCACACUCUGAGCCUGCUGCGGGCACACGUGGCUCUACUGCGCAUCCACCAGGGGGACUUGCUGGUGGUCACUCGGCCCGGCCCAGGCCUCAUGCACUUGGCACGCCUGAGCACCCAGCUGCUGCCUGCCUUCCUGAGCGAGGCCCUGGGUGCCUGUGCAGUUCGGGCACUGCUGGCAAGCAAGGUGCCACCAGAGGGGCCCUGGGAGCUGCAGGGCAUCGAGCUGCUGAGCCAGAACGAGCUGUACCGCCAGGUCCUGCUGCUGCUGCAUUUGCUGCCACAGGACAUGCUGCUGCUGCAGCCUUGCCAGUCUUCCUACUGCUACUGUCAGGAGGUACUGGACCGUCUCAUCCAAUGUGGGCUUCUGGUUGCUGAGGAGACCCCAGGCUCCCGGCAGGCUUGUGACACAGGGCGACAGCGUUUGAGGGCCAAGCUGCUGUGGAAACAGAGUGGGGACUUUACUGAUAGUGACAGUGACAGCGAUGACUUCGAGGAGGCUGAGGGCCGGUACUUCAGGCUCAGUCAGCAGUCUCGCUGCCCCGACUUCUUCCUCUUCCUGUGCCGCCUGCUUAACCCGCUGCUCAAGGCCUUCGCACAGGCUGCCACCUUUCUCCACCAGGGCCAGCUGCCUGACACGGAGUCGGGCUACGUGGAGCAGCUGUUCCAGUUCUUGCAGGCCACUGCCCAGGAGGACGGGUUCUUUGAGUGUGCGGAUCGAAGUCUCGCCAUCAAAGCUGUCUGGACCUUCAGAGAUUUGGGGGUGCUGCAGCAGAAGCCCAGCCCUGCAGGCCCCAUGCUCCACCUAUCCCCUACAUUUGCCAGACAGGACAAUCAGGAGAAGCUGGAACAGUUCAUCCAGCAAUUCAUUUGUGGCUAGAACUGUGGGUUAAGCCUGUGCUGAGACUUCGCAGCCCCAGAACACACCAAGCCCUGGAGCCGGAGACUGCCCAUAAAAUCAUUGAGGUCUGAUUGUC